AAAUAAAAUAUUUAUUCAAGAGAGAGAAAUAUAUUUGUAGAGAGAGAAAACUCUUUUUUUCUUCUUCUUUCUUCUCUCUCUCCAUACGUUCUAAAAUUGCGUUCUCUGCUCUGCUCAUCACUGUUUUUCGGGUGGUUGCGAUUCUCUCUCUCCUCUAUCUAUCUUUCUCUCUCUAUUUUUCAUUCAAUUUUUCUACGAAUUAUCUCACCUAAUUUCUUGCUUUUCAAUUGUCCAUUUUCUCUUUCUUUUUUAUUUUUGCUAUUUUUAAGCUUCAAGAUUUCAGCUCUAAAACUUUGAUGCUGAAUUUUUGCAUUUUUUUUUUUUGAAAUUUUAGGUUGAUACUCUUGUGAUUUCAACUGAGUAACUCAAUCACUUGAAUGUUUAAUCGCGCAAUUGAAUCUCGAUCUGUGUUAGAGGAGGAAUAAUUGAUUGGAGAAAGUUUCAUGAUCAUUUUUAAUUGUUGGUGAUUUUUCGGAAGUUAGGGUUUCGAAUUUGAUUCGAGGUUAAAGAAUCGACGCAUUUGGGGGAAUUUGGUGUAACGGUGGAGCUUCUGAUGAAGUAGAUGUUUCACUGAAACAUUCCAUUUUCGAAGAAAAAAGGAAAAAAAAAAAAGAAAGAAAAGAAAAAUUGUCUUUUGAUUAUUAGAAGUACCUUUUAGAUCUCUACCUUUAUGCAAAUUUGUGUGUUGUGGGAGAAAUAAAGGAAGAGAAGAAAGAGGGAUUCUUAUUAAUAUUCUUCUCUUUUGGUGGAAGUUUAUUCUAUCAUUAUAAUUAUUGAAAAAAAUUCGAGUAUAAAUUCCAAUUCCAAUUUGAUUUGUGCAUUGAAGAAUCAAAGCAUAAAAUUUGAAGUUUAGAGCAUUUGAUUUGAUUGUAUAUGUUUUGUUGGGUGGGUAAAUAGAGAGAUUUGAUUGAAAGCUUGAAAAAUUGGUGAAUUGAUAGUGAAAGAAGGAAGGAAUUUUGUGAAAAUAGCAGUGACGGAUCCUUCAGUUGAAUAUAGGGGUUUUGACUGUGUAGCUGGUCUGGAUUGCUUAGUUAAUAUAAUCAGGGCCCUGAGAAUGGGGUCCUGCUUAUCUGCGGAAAGCAGGAGCCCUCUCCCCGGUUCUCCGUCGGCGGCUUUAGGGGUUAGGAAGAGGAAGAACUCCAAGAAACGAUUCGGGUCUCGGAGUUCUUCCUUUGAUUAUAAGAAGGAUGAUCAUCUUUCUAAAAUCCCCGGUCGGGUGUUCUUUAAUGGGGCCACUGAGGUUGCCUCAUUGUAUACACAGCAGGGGAGAAAGGGAACUAAUCAGGAUGCUAUGGUUGUUUGGGAGAACUUUUGCUCAAGAAAUGACACAAUCUUUUGUGGGGUUUUUGACGGUCAUGGACCGUAUGGCCAUUUGGUUGCUAAGAGAGUUAGGGAUUCCCUUCCUCAGAAACUGAAUGCUCAGUGGGAAGUGAACACAAAAAGUGAAGAAGUUCUGAGGGAGAUCAGCCUUAAUUGCAGUAGCGUAAAUUCUGAAGAGGCUUCCUUCAUAUCUGCUGACGAAGAAUCCAGGGUCUCUGUUGAUCUUGAAGAAACAGAUAAGGAGCCAGAAAUAUUUGAGAUUCUGAAAGAAUCCUUUCUAAAAGCUUUCAGAAUCAUGGACCGAGAAUUAAGGGUACACGCGGGUGUUGAUUGCUUUUGCAGUGGAACAACAGCAGUGACACUUAUCAAGCAGGGGCAAGACCUUGUGAUUGGAAAUGUUGGUGAUUCGAGAGCUGUGCUUGGAACCAGAGAUACCGACAACACUCUAGUUGCUGUGCAGUUGACUGUAGAUCUGAAACCAAAUCUGCCAGCGGAAGCAGAGAGAAUUAAGAAGUGCAGAGGUCGUGUGUUUGCACUUCAAGAUGAACCUGAUGUUGCUCGUGUUUGGCUGCCCAAUAAUGAUUCACCUGGUCUUGCAAUGGCACGAGCGUUUGGAGACUUCUGCCUUAAGGAUUAUGGCCUUAUAGCAGUUCCUGACAUAUCAUAUAGGCGCCUCACUGAGAUGGAUGAAUUCAUUGUUUUGGCUACAGAUGGGAUUUGGGAUGUUCUCUCAAACAAAGACGUGGUCAACAUAGUCGCUGCAGCCCCAACACGAUCCACUGCUGCUAGAGCUGUGGUUGAAACAGCCGUCCGAGCUUGGAAAAUGAAAUACCCGACUUCUAAAAUUGAUGAUUGUGCUGUAGUCUGUCUCUUCCUUGACUCAAACACUAAUGACGUGUCUUCUGCUUUGAUGACCAAAGAGAAAGAGCAGCUGGCUUCAGCAGAACAGGCUCAAGCACAGGCCAAGAAAGAGGACGCCAAUGGCUCUAUUGUUAGAACUGACAAACUCAUGGUUCAGGAAUCUAGCAAGGAUGACGAAUACGAUGCUGCAGAGGAUGAAAUGCUCUUGGAGGACUACUCGGCCUUAGAAGGUGUUACUCGGGUGAAUACCCUGUUAAAUUUACCGAGGUUGACACCCACGAAAAUAGCAUAAAUAAAGCUUUCGCAGAGACAGGUUGUGAUUCAUUACUGCUGAAAAUCAAAGAGAUGAAGGGUCAGUCAGCUUUGGCCCUGAGCUUAUCCAUUGUUUUUCUCUUGUUUCUUUGUUCAUUUAUAGUUGUCUUUUUUUUUCUCGUAGUUUAUCUCUAUCUACAAAAUUUGUAAUUUGAACAGGAGAGACUUGCCCAGCUAUAUUAGGGUCCUGGGUUGUAAUCAUCUCCAGUUGUAGUCUGGUUAGCCUUAAAUUUUGUAAAAUCAAAAAGAAAAAAGAGGGGGGCGGGGGGUUGAGGUGGGAAGUUGUAAUUUGUUGGUUAGAAUUCGCUCCGAUUGAUAGAAUAUGUUGCUUCGACGUCCUGGUUAUUGAUUAUACAGUCAUAUUUUCUUUGUUCA